AUGUCUCGAGCUUCAAAACUGACCCUUUUGGGCACCUCGCUCUUUGCAGCCACUACCAUUGUCUUUGUUCAUUUCCAGCAAAAUUUCGAGCAGCAGGCUAUGCACCAAGGUGUCGUCCGCGAUAUGGAACAACAGCGAAUCAAGCGCGAACGCCAGCUCGAUUUUGAUAUGCAAAAGGCACUGGAAGAAGAAUAUAAACAAGAGCAAAAUGUCCACAGCUCAUUAGAGAUACCGAUACAAAGUGAUGGCGGCGGUAUGGACAAGUCGUAG